GCUUGUCCUGUCGGUGGGUAUAGCGACGCUCCGCGCUUUACGUUUAAUUCAUAUCAGGUAUUUUACAAUUAAGGAGAAAAAAUCGGCCAAGAUGACGACGUUGCCACAUAGCAAGAAGCGUGUCUGCUACUACUAUGAUAGUGAUAUUGGAAAUUAUUAUUAUGGACAAGGACAUCCUAUGAAGCCACAUCGUAUAAGGAUGACCCAUAAUUUACUUUUGAAUUAUGGUCUUUAUAGGAAGAUGGAAAUAUAUCGUCCACAUAAAGCUACAGCAGAUGAAAUGACAAAAUUUCAUAGCGAUGACUAUAUUAGGUUUUUGAGAUCAAUAAGACCUGAUAACAUGUCAGAGUAUAACAAACAAAUGCAACGAUUUAAUGUAGGAGAAGAUUGCCCUGUCUUUGAUGGUUUAUAUGAAUUUUGUCAAUUAUCAGCUGGAGGUUCUGUUGCUGCCGCUGUGAAACUUAACAAACAGGCCUCAGAAAUUUGCAUAAAUUGGGGUGGUGGUUUGCAUCAUGCCAAAAAAAGUGAAGCAUCUGGAUUUUGUUAUGUAAAUGACAUUGUAUUAGGAAUACUGGAAUUGCUCAAAUAUCAUCAAAGAGUACUAUAUAUUGAUAUUGAUGUUCAUCAUGGAGAUGGUGUAGAAGAAGCUUUUUAUACCACCGAUAGAGUUAUGACGGUUUCUUUUCAUAAAUAUGGUGAAUAUUUUCCUGGUACUGGUGAUCUGCGUGAUAUUGGUGCUGGAAAGGGAAAGUAUUAUGCAGUCAAUAUACCACUAAGAGAUGGUAUGGAUGACGAAAGCUAUGAGUCAAUAUUUGUACCUAUUAUUUCUAAAGUGAUGGAAACUUUCCAGCCUUCUGCUGUGGUCCUACAAUGUGGUGCUGAUUCAUUAACUGGAGAUCGGUUAGGCUGUUUCAAUUUAACAGUGAGGGGUCAUGGGAAAUGUGUUGAAUUUGUAAAAAAAUAUAAUCUACCCUUCUUAAUGGUUGGUGGUGGUGGAUAUACAAUCAGAAAUGUAUCUAGAUGUUGGACAUAUGAAACUUCGGUUGCUCUUGGUUCUGAAAUUGCAAAUGAGUUACCCUAUAAUGAUUACUUUGAAUAUUUUGGUCCUGAUUUUAAGCUGCACAUUAGUCCUUCAAACAUGGCAAAUCAAAAUACUCCUGAAUAUCUCGAGAAAAUUAAAACCAGACUGUUUGAAAAUUUAAGAAUGUUGCCGCAUGCCCCAGGUGUGCAGGUUCAACCAAUUCCAGAAGAUGGUGCAGUCAUUGAAGAUUCAGAGGCUGAGGAAAAGGUAAAUCCAGACGAAAGAUUACCACAACGAGAUUUAGAUAAAAGAAUACAACACGAAAAUGAAUAUAGCGACAGUGAGGAUGAAGGUGAAGGGGGGCGAAGAGAUAAUAGGUCAUUUAAGGGUUCCAGAAAACGACCACGUCUAGAAAAAGGACAAGAAGGUAUAGAAAGUGAUCUAAAAAAAGAAGAAGACAUAAAAUCAGAACCAAAAGAAAAUGAGAAAGAUGAGAAAACGAAUGUUACAAAUGAGGAAACGAAGAAAGAUGGUGGAUCGAAUCCCUGAUAAAUGGUAUUUGUUUACAAAAAGAAAUUGAAAAAAGUUCUUAUUUAAAUUAAUCAUAAAUCAGUAUAGAUAAAUUAAGUGAACAAACAUGCAGUGCAUAAUAGAUGUCUGUUGUCUCGAACUGGACAUACCAUUGUAAACAAUAUAAUUUCUUUUA